AUGGAUUUGGAACCGGGUGCAAUCAAGGCUUUUAUGGAAAGUGGAGAUUUGUGCACCCAACCGAUCUAUCCGGUUGGACCGCUCAUAAGAACCGGUUCUGGAGAUGAGGGUGAUCCAAAUGAAUGUCUUAGGAACACCAUUCUGUUGAUUUACGAAACCAAACGCACCCUUAAGUGGUUGGAUGAUCAACCAGCUGGGUCUGUUGUGUUUGUUUCAUUUGGGAGUGGAGGAGUUUUGUCACCAGAGCAGCUGAAUGAAUUGGCCUUUGGAUUGGAACAAAGUGAGCAAAGAUUUUUAUGGGUUAUUAGAAGCCCAACUCGUAAAUCUGUGCAUGCCAACUUCUUUAAUUCCCAAAGCAUUGAGGAUCCAUUUUCGUACCUACCACAAGGGUUCUUGGAGAGGACCAAAGGAAGAGGAGUUGUGGUGCCCUCAUGGGCUCCUCAGAUCCAAGUUCUAAACCAUGGUUCGACUGGAGGGUUUUUGACUCAUUGUCAGUGGAACUCAACUUUGGAGAGCAUUGUCCAUGGUAUGCCUUUGAUUGCUUGGCCACUCUUUGCAGAGCAAAGGAUGAAUGCAGUGAUGCUAGUGGAGGACAUGAAGGUGGCAUUAAGGCCCAAAGAGAGAGAAGAUGGAAUUAUUGGGCAAGAAGAGAUUGCAAAGGUGGUGAGGAGUCUAAUGGAAGGAGAAGAAGGGCAGAGUGUAAGAAGUAGGAUGAGGGAGCUAAAGGAUACAGCAGCCAGGGUGUUAAGUGAAGAAGGGUCUUCAACACAGUCACUCUCCGAGGUAGCACAGAAAUGGAGGACCCAUUAACCAU